AUGUCGACGUCGAAGAAACUCAAGAGCUUGAUACGCAACAGAGACAGCGUUCUCGAGUUCAUGGACCGGAUUGAACAGUACCUGAAAAACACCAAGGAGUUCGAUGAGCAGUCGGUCAACAUUCGGUUAGAGAAACUCGAGCAAAAGUGGAAUGAUUUCGAGGAUCUACAGAACGACAUCGAGAGCAUGGAGGACAAUGAGGAGAACAUGCCAGAGCACCAUCAACUCAGGGCCGAAUUCGAAAGAAAGUACUUUGAGCGUAUGUUUUCAACGGCAACAUCCACUAGCGUUAGUAAAUUCCGUCCCACGAAAGUUUCGGUCAACUCGGCGACUGAAACGAAGUCACCAAACUGCUUCGCCUGUAAGGAAAAUCAUUGGAUUACUCAGUGCCCAACCUUCGCUAAUUUAGGAGUGGACAAACGGCUGCAGCUCACCAACUCCAAGCGGCUCUGCAGUAAUUGUCUUGGUAGGAAUCACUUGGCACGGGACUGUCCGUCAAAAUAUCGUUGCAGAACGUGUUCGAAGAAGCACCACACGUUGUUGCAUCCUGGAUUUCCUGGUUCUGGUUCCACGGUUCUGGCAACGAAUGAAAACGGAAACCCUUCUACAUCAUCAUCAAAUGGCGGUGCUUCGAACUCUGGUGAAUCUGUUUCUAGUUCGAUGGCACUAAUUUCAUCCAAUUCGGCGAUAGGGCACUCAAAAUCGCAUAUAUUUUUGCUCACGGUGUUGCUAAAUGUGAAGGACGUUUGGGGAAGGAUACAUCAGGCAAGGGCGCUUCUAGACUCCGGAUCACAGGCCAACUUGAUGUCGGCAAAUCUCUGCAAGCUACUUCAACUUUCACGACGGGACAAAAAGGUGGAAAUAACUGGUAUUGGUCGAUCACGAAAUCGCACGGCUUAUGAAGUCUCCACUACAAUUUCUUCUCGGACGGAGAAUUUCUCAACUUCAAUGGAAUUUCUGGUGUUGGAGCAGCUCACUGAAAAUCAGCCAUCAUACUCGAUUCCGAUGCGAGAAUGGCAACCUCCGGCUGAUAUGGUUUUGGCUGAUCCUGGUUUCAACGUUUCUGGUCCGAUCGAUUUGGUCUUAGGUACCCAGUACUUCUACGAAUUCCACAUAAGCGAUGGUGGCCGGUUGCAAGCUCGUAAAUUCGACAAUACGCUCCCAGUAUUUGUCAAUACGGUAUUCGGAUGGGUAGCAGCUGGUGAGGUUACAUGCAUGGAAGGGCAGUCGCGGGAAGAGGAGGACUAUGAGACACAUUUCCUUAACAGAGUCUCUCGUGAUGACACUGGCAGAUAUAUUUUGAUGUACUCCAAGGACAUGAUUUUCGAUAGUAUGAUGAUUGGAGAAUCGAAACAAAUGGCUCUCCUAAGAUUUCAUCACACUGAAAGGCGAUUGAAACUGAAUUGUGGUCUGAGAUCGCAGUAUAGUGAUUUCAUGAUGGAGUACAUUGAGCUGGGCAACAUGAAGUACAUUGGAUUGGCGGAUGACUCAAGCUUGGAUGAAGGCAAAACUGUGUGCUAUCUUCCACACCAUCCUGUAUUUAAGGAAACAAGUUCUACGACGAAGAUACGUGUGGUCUCCAAUGGAUCAGAGAAAACUUCCACGAACUUACUAUUCAAGAAGAACUACUUGAACUAA